AAGUCAAGUGACUGAAGCGGUUAGUCGUUUAAAGCAGCCCGUUGGUGCGGACACACAAACACACACUGCGCUGUUUGUUUCAGUAACUGGCAGAAAUGAAGCUCGUUUGUUUGCUGCUCCUGGUUCUUGUUGCGUGGACAACCGACGCACUUGUUCGGAUCCCCCUAACGAAGUUUCGUUCCAUAAGGCGCUCGCUGUCUGAUUCAGGCCGAGCCGUGGAGGAACUCUUGGCCAACUCUCGGCACACAAAAUACAACCUGGGUUUCCCACCCAAAUCCGGACCAACCCCUGAAACUCUAAAGAAUUACCUGGAUGCCCAAUACUAUGGUGAGAUAGGCCUUGGCACUCCAGUCCAGACCUUCACUGUGGUGUUUGACACAGGAUCCUCCAACUUAUGGGUGCCUUCCGUUCACUGCUCCUUUACUGACAUUGCAUGCUUGCUUCAUCACAAGUAUAAUGGGGCCAAAUCCAGCACAUAUGUCAAGAAUGGCACUGCUUUUUCUAUUCAGUAUGGUACUGGGAGUCUCUCUGGCUAUCUCAGCCAGGAUGUUUGCACAGUUGGAGACAUUGCUGUAGAGAAGCAGAUAUUUGGUGAAGCCAUCAAGCAGCCUGGCGUUGCCUUCAUUGCUGCAAAGUUUGAUGGCAUCCUGGGCAUGGCCUACCCUCGCAUUGCUGUAGAUGGGGUUCCUCCAGUCUUUGACAUGAUGAUGAGCCAGAAGAAAGUGGAGAAGAAUGUCUUCUCUUUCUAUCUGAACAGGAACCCAGAUACUCAGCCUGGUGGUGAACUCCUGCUGGGAGGCACAGACCCAAAGUACUACACUGGAGACUUUCACUAUGUCGACAUCACCCGCCAGGCAUACUGGCAGAUUCACAUGGACGGUGUGACCAUUGGCAGUCAGCUGACCCUUUGUAAGGGAGGCUGUGAAGCCAUUGUGGACACUGGUACGUCUCUGAUCACCGGACCUGCCGCUGAAAUCAGGGCUCUCCAAAAGGCCAUCGGAGCCAUUCCCCUGAUCCAGGGAGAGUACAUGGUUGACUGCAAGAAGGUGCCUUCCCUUCCCACCAUUUCCUUCAGUUUGGGUGGACAGUCCUACACACUGACUGGAGAACAGUACAUUCUCAAGGAGAGCCAGGCUGGUAGACAAAUCUGUCUGAGUGGAUUCAUGGCUCUGGAUAUCCCUCCUCCUGCUGGGCCACUGUGGAUUCUUGGAGAUGUGUUCAUUGGACAGUACUACACCAUGUUUGACCGUGAGAACAAUCGUGUGGGCUUUGCAAAGGCUGUUUAGACCAUCACACUGUUCAGAAAAGGCAAGCCUACAAAGGGUAGAAAAAGGAGUAAUGCAGGAAAAGCUCUAAACCCUCCACUAGAAUCAUAUCAGCUGCCAUUUAUAAUAGUGAUAUGAUGGUAUUGUUUGCACAGUGCUUCUUUAGCUCCCUAAUACUCCGUUUCCGUGAGCUUCAGAAGCUUAAAUCAGGGAAAAGCCCAGAAAUAAUUAUACAUGCUAGCAAAGUAAUGACUUAUGGUUUUUAAAUUAGCAGCUAGGAAAGGAUGUACAAUUUUUUUAAAUUUUUUUUUUAUUUAGCCAUUGAUUUCUUUUUCUGUCUUUACCUGAAAUUGGAUAAAAAUUGUUCAAGUGAUCAACCUCAUGUUUUACUACCUGCUCAUCUACUGAAUUGUCUUGUGUGGGUUUGAGGAAGAGCAUUGCAUUUGUAUUUAUCUGCUGUGAUUGAAAAUUGUGAUUACACUAGUUACUGUAAUUUAUACUUUUUCCUUCCAGAGUUUGGUCAAACAAUAAAAGUCUGGACAGAACAAAUAA